CCUUACCUUCCCCGCCAUAUUCCACCAUGUUGUCGAUGCGGUUAGUCGCCCGCGCUUCGCCGAGGGCGUUCGCCCAGCAGUGCCUCCGGACCUCCAGACAGGUUGCGUCUCCCUUGAGACUAUCGGCCGUUCAGACUGCAUGGAGACAACCGACGACGACGAGACUUGCUUCAGCGUUCUCUACUUCGUCAAGAUGCUUUCAAAACGAUGAGCUCGUCGCAAAACUGAGAUCGGAGAUCUCGUUGGAAAACGAAGCCACGGAUACGGAAACGUAUAAAUCGGGAAUCAAGGAAUUCCUGGAGUCCACCCAGUUCAAUCUCCACGAUACGCCUGGUCAAGAAGAAGUUGUCCUGACCAAGAAAUACAACAAUGAGAACAUCCGUGUAUCCUUCUCCAUCGCCGACAUCAACAACGCGCAACCUACCGAAGAACCCUACGACGAGGAUAACGCGCUCUACGACGAAGACGGCGCCGAAACCUCCGAAUACGCCCAAGAGUCCCGCAGCAACAAAGGCGCCAUCAACAGCUCCACCCGCUCCGGCCCCGCCUCCACCGCCCCCGAAGACCGCCUCGCCCCCGCCGACCGCGAGGAGCUCGACGAGGACGACUUCGAGGGCGAGGAGGGCCAGGACGUCACGUUCCCGUGCCAGGUGAACAUCCAAGUGACGCGGGACGGACAUCCCGGCGCGCUGGACAUCGCAGCGGUGGCGGAUAGCGGCGACUUGGUAAUUGAGAACGUGGCGUAUUUCCCUAGCGGCGAGGUCGCAGAGGGCGCGACGAGCGAGAUGCGGAACAAGCGUCGCGGGCUGUAUUCCGGGCCGCCGUUUGGGAAUCUGGACGUCGAGCUGCAGACGAUGAUGGAGAAGUAUCUGGAGGAGCGUGGUGUGGGUGUGCAGAUGGCGAUGUUUGUCCCGGAGUAUGUAGACUACAAGGAGCAGAAAGAAUACGUGAGGUGGCUUGAGAAUGUCGAGCAAUUCAUGAAAUGAUUUUCUAGGCAGGAUAUGGGGUCUCAGUGUGUAUAAUUAUCUUAAAGGUGGCUUCUUAAUUGUAUUAUCAUCUUCCUUCUCUCACGUAUGCCGCGCAGUCUAUUACUAUUGUGAAUGUGCUUGUGCUACGUAAAUAGGCUAGGGUGCCGAAGCUUAGUGUGCUACAAUUCUAUUGAUGAACAUGCUUG